AUGUUUCGAGAGCUUCAUUUGCCCAUGAAUCCGCAAGCAGUUCGUACGUAUCCCCUCAAUAUUGUGACUGACAUGAGUGAUUGCCUCAUUGACAGAACUGCUCCAAGUUGGCUCUCGCCGCUGGAAUUCAAUAUGAUCGGCGAUUUUUCUGAACACAUUCAUAUUCUGGAGUCAGUGCUAGUUCAGAGUCAAUGCAUUCUCACGGAUGAAGUGACAGUAAUGGGUGCGUCUACAGAUACGUUGACCAUCCAUUGUUCCAUGGUCCUAAAUAGAUCGUUUUUAGUUGGUUGUGCAAUCAAUCACUGUUUUGUGAAGAAAAAUAACUACUUUACUCGAUUGCGAUCACGGGCCAAACAUCCGGCGAAAUUACAUUUGUGGGGCGGCAUUUCAAUGAGAGGAGUUACUAAACUGGUCUGGAUUCUUCCUGGUCUAGAUGCUGGAUACAAGAUGUUUUGCGAAACAUUCCAGCACUGCCAUGUGCCCUUUGCUAACAAUACGUUUAAUGGAGACCGUUUUACAUCUCAUCGUUUUCCAUUUUUUCUCAAGGUUUGGAGUACUGGUGCGGGACAACGCGCCUGCACACAAAAGUGCGUAUACGCUUACACGGUUAAUGGGAGAUGA